UUUCCGCGAGCACCACUCACCGCCGUGCGCACCGGAAAAGCUUCGAGUCUUGUUACCAUGGAGAUUAAGACGCUACUUCCGUCCAUCCGAUAAACUGGGGAGAUGGCGGAGGAACAGGAGAAAGCGGUCCUUGCAGACUCUUCUGGCUUGAGAAAAUCCCGUCUUAAGAAAGCUCCAGAACUUCCUAUACUAGAGAGACGAAACUGGCUUAUUCAUUUGCACUACGUCCGGAAGGAUUAUGAGACCUGCAAGCUUGCUAUUAAGGAACAGCUACAGGCAACGGAGGGAGUGUGUGAAUAUGCCAUUUAUGUACAAGCAUUAAUCCUCCGACUGGAGGGGAAGAUCCAGGAAUCUCUCGAGCUCUUCCAGACAUGUGCAGUACUGAAUCCCACCAGCUCUGACAACCUAAAACAAGUUGCACGGUCCCUGUUCUUACUUGGGAAGCAUAAAGCAGCAGUUGAGGUGUACAACGAGGCAGCAAGACUCAAUCAGAAAGACUGGGAGAUAUGUCACAAUCUCGGUGUUUGCUAUCUGUAUCUGAAAGACCUGAGCAAGAGCAAGGAGCAGCUCUCUCUGGCUCUGCAACUGCACAGGCAAGAUCUCAGCGCCAUGAUCCUGGGCAAGGUUUAUCUUAUGGAAGGAGACACUGAGUCGGCAAUUCAGACCUAUUUGCAAGCUCUGCAAUUAUCUCCUGAAAGCACUGAAUUGCUGACAACGUUAGGACUAUUGUAUCUACAGAAUGGAUUGUACCAGAAAGCCUUUGAAUAUCUUGGGAAUGCUCUGACUUACGACCCCAGUAACUAUAAGGCUAUAUUGGCAGCGGGCUGUAUGAUGCAGUCUCAUGGGGAUUAUGAUGUGGCCCUCAGUAAGUAUCGUGUGGCCGCCUCAAGUGUCCCUGAAAGUUCUCCACUCUGGAACAAUAUUGGCAUGUGCUUUUUUGGCAAGAAGAAGUUUGUGGCAGCUAUUAGCUGCCUGAAGCGUGCACUCUAUCUGUCCGCGUUUGAUUGGCGUGUUCUGUAUAACCUGGGCCUUGUUCAUCUCAGCAUGCAGCAGUAUGCCUCCGCUUUCCAUUUCUUGAGCGCAGCUAUAUCCCUUCACCACGGCAAUGCAACACUGUACAUGCUGCUUGCAGUGGCUCUCACCUACCUGGAUGACACAGAAAAUGGCAAGAACGCGUAUCAACAGGCUGCAAGUCUGGACCAGACUGACCCUUUGGUGAACCUGAAUUUUGCUAUACUGCUAUAUAACCAAGGAGAUAAAAAGGGAGCGAUGAGUCAAUAUCAAGAGCUGGAGCGUAAAGUUAGUGCUCUCAGAGAGACUUCAGCAGAAUUUGAUCCCGAGAUGGUUGAUAUGGCACAGAAGUUGGGAGCAGCUCUGCAGGUUGGAGAGAAUCUGGUUUGGACCAAACAGACAAAAGACCAAAAAGCAAAACAACGGACGGCAGCAAAAGGACCUGGCGUCGAACAAACUCCCCUGGGUUCCAACCAGGCCUUGGGAAGAGCAAUGUCUUCUGCAGCGGGAUAUGCCAAGGCCCCUGGCCUUCCAACAGGAAUUAGUGCUCCUCUGGUCUCUAAACCUCCCUCUUUGCCGCUGGAACCAGAAGAUAGUGCAAACUCUGCUUCUGUCCCCCAAGACUUCAGGAGAGGUCCCAGCUAACUGAUUGAGAACUACCCCGAGAAGUGGAAACCCCAGAAACACGUAGACAGAUACUCAGUAGGAAUUAAAUGACUCUUAAUAGGUAACAUUUCACUGAGAUCUCUAAGUCUAUAUCCAGCAAGUGAUAGCGAUAGAUGAAAAACCCCUGAGAUCUAUAGUUGGUAAUUUCCAGCAGCAGAUAUUAGCUAUGUUAUAAAUACGAACUUGUGAUAAUACACUAUUCAAGCUAAUAGCCUACAUGGCUGGAUUAGGUGAUAUAACACAUCAGACUUUACUGCAUAAACUUGCCUCCCAGAAAAGCUGGACUUUGUGUUCAGGAAAGUAAUAUAUAUUGCUUUAUAUAGUUAUGGAGGAUGGUGGAUCCGUGUUGUUAUAUUGUUAGGAGUAUAAAUUAUUUAUGGUUUUAAGUUCACCUGUUGUGAAGAACAUGACUUGGUGUAACAUUAAAGGGAAUCUGUGCAUGAUCGACAAUAUUUCAAAUAUGGCAGCAUGCCACAAGAGAAUCUGGAGCCAAUGAAGGUUCACCCUGCAGUUACCGUAACCGUUUCUGGAUAUUGUCUGUUUACUUACACGUAGCAGUCCACAUGGUUCGGUGAUAUUGACUAACUUCAGGCUUACACUCCAUGCAAUGAUCCAUAUAACGAAAUAUGUCAUUCGCAGAAAAGAUAUUCUUAAUGUCUAACUCCCAAUAUACUAUAGUUUGGAGGUUUUUUUUUCUCUCAUUCAUUAUAGAGAGAGUUAUGAAAAGGGAAUUUAGGAAAAGUUGUUUUCUUACAUGGGCCCCAUGUGAACCUUGUUGGAAAGACGAAAUUAUUGUUUCCGUCUUGAGCUUUCUUCUAUUGAAAGUUUGGAGUAGCAAUUCAGCCCAGUCCACAACCUGUCCAGUGUUUGUGAGUAUCCCUGUAGGAACAGAUUUGGGAAAUGUCCAAAUCCUGGAUUAAUGGUGGUCUUUAUGGAUUGCGUUGGGAACAGUGGUCAAGAAGCUUGGCAGCCCGUCACCUCUUCGAGGAAGCUAUUUUAAAGUCCAUCGGUCAUGCAGAAAUGACAUUGGAUCACUUUAUAAAGAACACGUUGUGCUAGCCAAACCACUGCACGUUGCACAGACAACAUUUUAUUCAUAGAGAUAAAAAAAAGUCAAAUAUGACACCCCAUUGUUGGGUAUGGAGUACCUCAUUUGCUGUGUGGGUGGGGGGCAUAUUCACAUCUAUUGCAGAGACCAUCUUCUAAGAGGCAGAAGAAAGAUUCAAGCAAAUAUAUUUCUGAUCUCUACUUCUUGACGCUUAUACCA